UCUACUGACGAUUAACUGGUUUAUCUUGUCAUAACCGGGGGUACUCAAAGGACCAUUUCUCGUGCUUGCAGCAAGGUCAUGUAGUUCACCGUUUACGGAUUACAUAAACAUUAUUCCAUUGUUAGGGCUGCAAGCAGGGGUGUUGGGACGGGGAGGGUCCGGUCCGCAGUUCCUUUGUCCACCUUCCUAUGGACGACUCUUUCUACCGCGAGGAAGACGGGUUCUCCGGUGAACUUGGCGAGGGCGAGCAAUUCCAAGGGACAGCGCGAUCAACGGUGGUACAAAACCAGCCGCAUGAUGAGGAGGUAAACUUAAGCGAGUCAGAGAGCUUUGCCGGAGCAGAUGAGCCGCCUGCUGUGCCUCGAGAUGCCUCUUUAAUAGAGUCUCACGACAUGGACGAGGGGCCUGCGGCACCAGCGCGGACCAUUUCACCGGAGGCGUAUGACAACCCUAGCAAACAUGGAGGCCAUGCGGCGUCCCCAGGCGCUGGCGACGACAGCUCGCCGCCGGGCGCAUACAACGCCCAGGAGUACAAACACCUUAACGUACCUGACGAUGUGCGCGAGCUGUUUCAAUACAUUGGGCGUUAUAAGCCGCAGACUGUAGAGCUGGAGACUAAGCUGAAGCCCUUUAUCCCGGACUACAUUCCAGCUGUGGGCGGCAUUGAUGAGUUCAUUAAGGUGCCGCGGCCCGAUGGCAAGCCAGACUACCUGGGCCUCAAGGUGCUGGACGAGCCGGCCGCCAAGCAGUCCGACCCCACGGUGCUCACGCUGCAGCUGCGGCAGCUGUCCAAGGAGGCACCGGGGGCCAAGGCCGACAUGGUAGGGCGGCUGGAGCACGUGGAUGAGAACAAGCCCAAGAAGAUACAGCAGUGGAUCAGCUCCAUCCUGGACAUCCACAAGGCCAAGCCGCCUGCCAGCGUGUCGUACACAAAGCGCAUGCCGGAGAUCGAGGCGCUGAUGCAGGAGUGGCCGCCCGAGAUGGAGACCUUCCUCAAGGCCAUGAAGAUGCCCUCUGGCGAUGUGGAGCUGGACAUCAAGACGUACGCCAAGCUGGUGUGCACGCUGCUGGACAUUCCCGUGUACGACGAUCCCAUCGAGUCGCUGCACGUGCUGUUCACGCUGUACCUGGAGUUCAAGAACAACCCCAUCUUCCGGCAGCACAUGGAGAUGGAGAACAAGCUGGACAACAUGGCGGCCGGGGAGGGGACGGGCACUGCGGAUGUGCUGGGGCUGUGAGGUGGGCGCGUAGGCAAGAAGGAAUGGAUUGGAUUGGCGGAGGGAUUCCGUGCGGUGGUGGAGGAGGCUGGCCGUAUGCGUGGUCAAGGUGCGUGGCAAACGCGGGGCUUCCUUCGCAGAGUCUGCAGGGUGCGGUUUGGGUGGGUUUGUGCAGCUUCAAUUCUCGGUGCUUUGCCAUUAGCACCCCUGCGUCUACGGCUUGAAGGCGCGCUUAGACGCCUAUAACUGAAAAUAAUGUACAUAUUAAGCAUAAUUGGAAUUGUGCGACGGCUUCGCUCGCCGGCGUGGCAAGCAGACGUCCCGCUUUCUUCUAUUGUAAGCCCUUGCGUCCCUCG